UUUCAGGCUAUUCACAGGUCAGCUGCCCUCCUCUCCUCUCCUCUCCACACACACACACACACACGAACACAGUCACACUCUCACACUCAAAGAAAUCAGUAAUAAUCUUACACGACACACACUUAGACAUACACAGGGAAAACACAUGUUUUACACAGAUACAUAGACAGAGGCAUACACUCAUACUGAAACAAAACAUAUCUUAAAUACACAUACACAGACACACAGACACACACACUGGAUAUGUGCUAUUCCAGAUUGGAGUCCUUAUCCAUGGGAACUGCGGCCGCCACUGGGAUGGUUCCUGGGGCUCCAUGAGUGAGUGAGUGGAGUGAAGCGACGGAACGGGAGUGACCUCACCUAAACCUGCGUGACAAUGGGCUUCAACGGCUAGAGAGCUGAGGAAAGCUGAGGAGAGGAAGGCGAGCAUGGGAACGCCCUACUGAGUCGGCUACAGACAUGCUGCUAAAUGUGACAAUGGGCAACGGCAGUUGCCACCUCCCCCUGGAGAGCGACCGCGAUGGUCUGACCUACAUCUACGGCCUGGCCUUCUCCCUGGGGCUGCCCGCCAACCUGCUCUCCCUCUGGGGGCUGUACCAACUGGGCCGCUCCGGCGGGGGGGGCUGCCAGCUGGUCUACAUCCUCAACCUGCUGCUCUCCGACCUGCUGCAGCUGCUCUGCCUCCCCCUGUGGAUACUGUACCUGCAGCGAGGACACAGGUGGGCCUAUGGCUCGGUCACCUGCCAACUGGUGGCCUACGUCUUCUAUGUCAAUGUCUACGCCAGUGUGGUCUUCCUCUGCCUCAUCGCGCUGGACCGAUGCCUCGCCAUCGUCUACCCACUCAGCGGAAGACCCUUUAGAAAGGUGCGUCUGGCGGCACUGUCCGGCGUGGCUGUGUGGACCCUGACGUUCCUGUUCUGCCUGAGCGGGCUCUACCCGUCCGUCUUCGAGCCCGAGCGGGGCCUGUGUCUGGAGCAGUACCCCGUCAGCCCCAGAUACGCCCGCUUCAAGAUCGCCACCGUCGCCCUGGGCUUUCUGCUGCCCUGUUCCAUAUUGGGGUUCACCUCGGCGCGUAUCGGCGUGACGCUGCGCGAUUCGCCCUCGGUGUCGGACCAGGAGCGCCACCGCAUCGUCGGCACGCUGGUGGUCAUCACCGUCAUCUUCAUGCUGGUGUUCGGGCCCUACCACCUGGUCGGCGGCUACCGCUUCGUCCGCCUGCUCCUGGCCGCCGGCGACCCCUGCGACCUUGAGCGGUCGCUCUACCUCCGCUACCGCAUCUGCUACGGCCUGACCAGCCUCAACACCCUGCUGGAUCCCCUCUUCUACAUCUUCCUGUGCCAGAACGCUCGGCUGGAGCUGCGCCGCUCCCUGCCGUGCCUCGGUGGCGGUGGUGGCGGCAAGGGGCCGGGGCAAAGGCAGCAGCAGGGGAAAAGUGGGGCGGCCGUGGCACAGGGGAAGGCAGGGUGCAGGUUGUAA